AUGGCAGGCGGGGAUCAUGCGCAGGAGGCAGCUGGCAGUCCGGCUCCAAUAGAAAGAGGAUUCGCUUCUCUGAACACGCUCAAAAUCGGCGUCAAGGCUUUCAUUGAAAAGAACGGAGAACCCCGGAAAGCAGAAAUUCUUUCUGUAAAACAAAGGAAUAAUGCGCUGACAUUCUAUGUCCACUACGUCGAAUUCAACAAACGGCUGGAUGAGUGGGUGACAGCUGAUCGAAUCGAUUUGAGUCAAGAAGUCGAAUGGCCCGCCCCGGAUAAGCCAGAGAAGAAGAAGACCACAACUACAACCACCACCAAAGCUCCUCUUCCCAGUAAAGCAAGCAAUAAGAACGCCAGAUCCCAGACUGAGUCUCGCGAUGUCUCAGCUGCACCAGAUCUUCUUAGCGCAAAGACUGGCAAUGACCGCAAACUGUCCCGACCCUCCAAAGCAGGCGGCAAGGAGAACCGCGAAGAUAUCGAAGACACAAAAGACUCACUUCUCACCAUAGCAGACCCAACCUUGGCCGGCUCGGCUCCAGCAACCACCGCCGCCGGAACUCCUCUUCCUCAAGAUGAUGGCGACACCGAGAUGCGCGACGCCGUCGUCGAGACUCAAAUCGACAAGGUUGACCCCCUCCCCAACCCAGAAGAGGAAAUCGAAAAACUGCGCACCGGCGGCUCCAUGGUCCAAAACCAUGCCCAACUGCACCUGGUCCGUAACCUCUCCCGCAUCCAAAUGGGCAAACACGAAAUGGAACCUUGGUACUUCUCCCCUUACCCGCAAGAAUUCUCCGACGCGGACAUAAUCUACAUCGACGAGUUCUGCCUCUCCUACUUCUCUUCGCGCAAAGCCUUCGAACGCCACCGCAGCAAAUGCACCAUGUUACACCCACCCGGAAACGAAAUCUACCGUGACGACAGCAUCUCCUUCUUCGAGGUUGACGGCCGCCGCCAACGCACCUGGUGCCGCAAUCUCUGUCUCCUCUCCAAACUCUUCCUCGACCACAAAACCCUGUAUUACGACGUCGACCCCUUUCUGUUCUACUGCAUGUGCACUCGCGACGUCCACGGCUGCCACCUCGUCGGCUAUUUCUCCAAGGAAAAAGAAUCCGCCGAAGGCUACAACGUGGCCUGCAUCCUCACCCUACCACAAUACCAACGCAAGGGAUUCGGCCGGCUCCUCAUCGCCUUCAGCUACGAACUCUCGAAACGAGAAGGGAAACUCGGCUCACCGGAGAAACCGCUGUCCGACCUCGGAAUGCUCGGCUACCGCGCCAAUACUGGCGCGAAACCCUCGUCGAGCUACUCUCGGACCCCGUCCGCCUGCCGCCCGAGCACCAGCGGCAGCGGCGCAAACGGCACCUCGACCCCCUCGGCCGCCGCGGCGCUCACCGAGGUCAGCCUCAACGCCUCGCCAAACCAGUACAGCACCUCCAUCUCCGAGCUGGCCUCCCUCUCCGCCAUGACGGAAAAGGACGUCCACGAGCAGCUGGAAGUGCUCAAGGUGCUCCGCUACCACAAGGGACAGUGGAUCAUCGUGGUGAGCGACGCGCUCCUGGAGCAGCGCGAACGCCAGUUGGAGAAGGCCCGGAAAAAGGCCGAUCGAUCCCGCGCGCAUCAUGUGGAAGCCCCCCGUCUUUACCGCGGGCAGUCGCACUUGGAAUUGGUGAUUUUUUUCAUCAUUCUCACCGGUAUUCUCACUGUGUUGUUUUUGUUUCGAGGCUUGUUGGGGGUGCGGGUGGGUUUGGGUGCUGGCAUUUCAAGGAACCGGGACAAAGGGAAGGGAAAGGGGGGAGGAUAG